AUGAGUGAAGAGCAAAACAAAUUGGCCAGCAACGAUCCUGAAGGACGGCGUCCACUGGUGUACCUGACCCGCAUUGAGCAGUUCUCGGCGGCGCACCGACUGCACAACUGCGGCUGGAAUGAGGAGAAGAACCGGGCCGUCUUCGGCAAGUGCGACCACCUGCACGGCCACAACUACAAACUGGAGGUGACGGUGAAGGGACCGGUGGACGGCGAUCAAACCGGCAUGGUCAUGAACAUUGCACUGCUGAAGGAGCUGAUCGGGCGGUCGGUGCUCUCGCUGCUCGACCACCGAAACAUCGACGCCGAUGUGCCCUACUUCGCCGAGCACAUCAGCACCAGCGAGUGCCUGGCCGUCUUUAUCUGGCGGCAGCUGGCCGCGGAGAUGCCGCCCACUGUUCGGCUGCACCGCGUGAAGCUCCACGAGACGGAGAAGAAUGUGGUCGAGUAUUGUGGGGAGUUUGUUUAG